GGGCACCACGCCACACACGCUGACGGAGCACCACGCCACACACACGCCAGGGCACCGCAUCACAAUCAGCACCCAGCGCCCCAGACGACAAUACCCACGCCAGCAACAGUGACCUCUGCCGCCCACCACAGCAGCAGUGCUGACCUUUUCCUCCCACAGCAGCAGAGGACGCAGACAUGGUUCACGUGGAACUUCUCUCACUGCUGGGGCUUACGGCCAUGUUCCUGGCAGCAGGAACUGAGGCAAGGUGCAGCUCCACUUCAGAGAUUGAGUGUCACAGGGACAGUCAGUGCAUCGCCAUCACCUCUGUGUGUGACUCCGCAAAACAGUGUAGCGACGGCUCCGACGAGGACCCCUACGUCUGUGAGACCUGGACGAGAACGGACCCAAAUUGUGGCGUCGGACUUAUGUACUGUGGCCGCAACUGUCGCAGCAUACCUGAUGUAUGUAUCUGGUCAGACUGUCGCCCCCAGUUAAAUUCUCGUAUGUGUGAGAUGGUGAAAGCGGGUAAGCUGAACCUGCCGAAGAAACCGCCAGAGGGGAUGAACAUGACCAGUGGGAUUGUGGCAGUGCUCACGACGGCCGUCAACACCUCGCUGAAGAACCAGAAGCGGGACUGUCCGAUGUUGUACACCCGGGUCGGCCAGCUCUGCCUCGCCCUCUUCUCCCCGGCCAAGGUGCCGUGGCCAGAAGCGAGACAGUUCUGCCGGUCCAUCUAUGGGGACUUGGUUAUGUUUGACAACUUAUCAGAUUUCGAACAUCUUGUGCUGUACAUGAGGAACUCUAGGCUGACGACUGAUUACUGGGUCGGUGGCCGGUUCGACUUGGAUACCAACGCUUGGUCGUGGACCGUGGACGAAUCUGUCAUGCCUUUAGGGACUCCCUACUGGGCUGUAAGGCACAGUAGCUCGUGUGUGCCGCGCCCCCCGCCCCACACUGACCCCUUCAGCAGUCCCUCCGCUGCCCUACCAGAUGCCCUCUGCCUCUCCUACACCCAGGCGCCCGCCAAUCGUCAGGAGGGAUGGUGCUCCGCCUUGACCUACGAACACUACUACUACAUGACCGACCAGAGUUGCCAGGAGGAACGCAGCCCACUCUGCAUGCUGGAGGCCGACGAUGAUGAUGACCAACUUGAUGAGGAACCUGAAGGGAAAGUCUGAGGAGGGGAAGCCUGAGGAGGGGGAAGCCUGAGGAGGGGGAAGCCUGAGGAGGGGGAAGCCUGAGGAGGAGGAAGCCUGAGGAGGGGGAAGCCUGAGGAGGGAAAGCCUGAGGACAGUGAGCCUGAGGAGAGGAUGACUGAGGAGGGGAAGCCUAAGGAGAGGAUGACUGAGGAGGGGAAGCCUGAGAGUAAACCUCUAGGGGGGAAGCCUGAGGGUAAACCUCUAGGGGAAAGAAUGAGGGUAAACCUCUCGAAGGGAAGCCUGAAAAUGAACCUCUAGGGGGAGAAGCCUCAUGGAUAAUAAGAGUUGAGUGACGAAGCUCAAUAGAGAGCGUUUGAUUGGGUAAGCCUGAAGGACAAGCUUGAAAAAGAGACAGAUGGACACGCUUGAGAUGUAUACCCGUCAGUGAAACCUGAGGAGAAACCCUGGGGGCUGACAUCACUCUCCAGCUGGUUGAUGUUAUCCGCAGCUGAAUGACGUUCUCCUCAGCUGUGUGAUGCUUUUCUGAGCUGGGGGACGGUGACCUCAGCGGAGUGACACUCUCAUUAGCUGGGUGACGCUGUCCUCAGGUGAGUGAUGCUGUUUUCAGCUGAAUGACUUUCCUCAAACGAUUGACGGUGUCUUCAAUUGUAUUGCUGAAUAUUAGUACACAUUAUAUAUA